UUAUUGUUUUUAUUAUCAACAGUUCACACAACAGCCUUUCCUCUCCUCCUCCCCCAUCAUCAUCAUCUUCGUCGUCGUCCUCCUCUUCUUCUUCUUCUUCAUCAUCCUUCUUCUUCUUCUUCUUUCUUCUGUUCUUGCUCAACUUAAGACGCGAGAGAAGUUAAUUAUGCUUCUUGAUCUCUCUCUAUCUCUGUCUCUGCUAAAUCCUGAAGCUCUUUAAUGGAUGGAGAAAUGGGUUCUCUUCAAACCCUGACUUUGACUCUCCUUCAUCAUCGUCCUCUUCAUUUUCCCUCAGCUUAAGCUUCUUUUGUUCUUCCGUGUCUUUUUUUUUUUUAUAUAUAUACUUUGAAACCCUAGAUGUUAGAGCCAUGGACAUGACCCCGACCAACACAUCCACCAACACCGCGAGCACCAAGUCCCCGGAGCCCGAGACCGAGACUCCUACCCGGAUCCAGCCCCCCAAGCCCCUCUCCUUCACCAACGGCGUCCUCAAGCGCCACUCCCCCCACCGCCUCUGCGCCCCCGCGGGCUCCGUCGCCUACAAGGAAUGCCUCAAGAACCACGCCGCCAGCCUGGGCGGCCACGCUCUCGACGGCUGCGGCGAGUUCAUGCCCUCCCCGACCGCCAACCCCUCCGACCCCACCUCCCUCAAGUGCGCGGCCUGCGGCUGCCACCGCAACUUCCACCGCCGCGAGCCCGACGACCACGCCCUCACCGCCUCCGCCGUCAUCGAGUACCAGCCCCACCACCGCCACCACCCGCCCCCGCCGCCCCCGCCCCCGCACCACCACCACCACCACCAUCAUCCGCCGCGCAGCCCCAACUCUGCCUCCCCGCCGCCGAUCUCGUCCACCUACUAUCCGUCCGCGCCGCACAUGCUCCUCGCGCUCUCCACCGGCAUCUCCGCCGGGCCCGAGAACGCCGCGGCUCCCCAGGGGGGCCCCCCGCCGUCCUCCACGGCCGCGAUGGUGAGCCCGAGCAGCCACCACCCGGGCUCGCGAAAGCGGUUCCGGACGAAAUUCAGCCAGCACCAGAAGGAGAGGAUGUUUGAAUUCGCUGAGCUAGUCGGGUGGAAGAUGCAGAAACGGGACGAGGAGCUGGUCCAGAAGUUCUGCGCCGAGGUCGGCGUCGAUCGGACCGUGUUCAAGGUAUGGAUGCACAACAACAAGAACACCUUCGGCAAGAGGGACGUCAAUGGCGGUGGCAAUAGCAACACCAACAGCCUCAACCUCGGUGACAACCCUACUAUCACUACCACUCAUCAUAACGACAAUGGUCUGAGCGACGACAACAAGAACCACCACCAUCAUGGCAUGAGUAGCAACAACAACGACAACGACAACAGUAACGUCGUAAUUGGCGGAUUCAGCAGCGAGAACCACCCGACGUCGUCGGGUCAUUACAACCACCAUGAAAGUGGAGCUCAUGCAGGCACUAAUGGGUCUUCUUCUUCUUCCUGAAUCUUGAUCCCCUGAACCUGAUCAUAUCUCUUCCUGAUCCUGAUCCUGAUCCUUCCCUUUUCUUUUAGCAAGAUAAUAAGUAUGUUUAGAGAGUUAGAGUAAGAACUUGGGGUUAUUAAUCAGUUGCUUCUUUUGUUUCCUUCUUUUUUUUUUUUU